CCACUUCUUUAUCUUCCCAAACUGCUCUGCCUCUCUUCCCAAGUUUCAAUCACAAAGAGCAGAAGGAAAAAAUGUUAGGAAAAAAAAUUGUUUCCUUAAAGAAGCUAGCCAAGAAAGUGAAGGGCAUGGGUGGAGGUGAUCGCGAGCAAUCACAAUAUGAAUGCUUGCUAAGGGAAUUUGAGGAAAUGUCUCCUACUGCAUCGACCCCAUCUGGAUUUUUUGCUGUUUAUGUAGGAGAGGAGGAAGAAAGAUUUGUAGUGCCAACCAGCUUCCUGUCUCAUCCACUCUUCAAGAUGUUGCUGGAGAAAUCGUACAAUGAAUAUGGUUUUGAGCAAAGGAAGAAGCUAGUUGUUCCGUGCAGUGUCUCUACAUUUCAAGAAGUUGUGAAUGCUGUAGAAUGUUGUAAUGGGAAAUUUGAUUUUGGAAAACUAGUUGAGGAGUUUCUUUAGAUAAAAGAAAGGAAAAAGCAUGUGGCUUCCUAGUCUCAGGAACUAGGGAACUAUACCCUUAACACAGGCUUUGAGUUUAUAGUUCCAUGAAUGUUUUAGGAUUGCAGUUCUCUUGUAUCAUACACAUCCAGCUCUGCUGCAGGGCUGAUUUUGGUCAUGUGAAUCAGUUUCCUAGGUAGAUUUGAUUGAAUCAAGUUCAAAAUGAACAUGAGGUGA